CAAGUCUACACGUGGGAGGUGUGAUGUUACUGCAUAUGGCGGCUUGAUGAAAAUAUGAAAUUUAGAGCUAGAUUGGAUGAUGCUGUUAGUAUCACACGGUUAUCGAAUGUUGUGGCUACGCUGGCUAAGAAUGUUAAAGUCUGUGUCCUUCGAUUAUCAGCUGGUAAAGUUUGUUUUGUGAUAUCCGGGAAAGGUUCUAUCAAUAUGUGGUGUGAACUAAAUCAGAGUAAAUUUUUUUCAGAAUAUCGGAUUGAAGGUCGUGAUGAACAUAACGAAAUCUUUCUUGAAGUUCAGAUGGAACAGUUGGCUAGAGCAUUACGUCAUACAAGUACUGCUGUAUCAGUUAAGAUGAAACUGACCAAACGUAAUGGGGCUUAUUUGUUAAUAGAUAUCAUACAGGCAACAGUAACUGGUGGAAAUAGGAAUGUUGUACAUGAGGUACCAGUUAAUAUUGUUCCUCAGAGACUUUGGGCUGACUAUCAAGAACCAGACAUGCCAGAUAUUGAUGUGAGCAUUUUUCUACCACCAUUGAAGCAAGUAAAGACUAUCAUUGAUCGUAUGAAGUCACUUGACAAUUAUAUUACACUGUCAGCUAAUAUGAGUGGGGAACUAAAUAUCAGGAUUGAAACAAGCACUGUUACUGCCACGACAUACUUCAAAAACUUGACGAAUCACAAAUUCCGUGACGAUGAUGAUGAAUUAGAUAAAACUGUCAUGUAUGAAGCUAGGGUGGAUAUAAAAAAACUCAGCCAUGUUUUGACAGGUCAUUUUAAUCCUAUCAAAGUCAUUUGUAAUAUUGUGGAUGGAUGUGGUUUACAAUUUUUCCUGUUACAUCAAGAUGUGUCAUUACAGUACUAUAUUCCCGCAAUAUCAUGAUUAAUAAUAAUUAUUGUGGGUGACUAUAUAAUGCUAAUAAUAAGGUUCUAAAAUUCCUCUUCCUCCUCGUCAUCUUCAUCCACCAUCUUAACAACCUCAA